CCCACCUGUGGCAGACACUGUCCGGCACGAAGGGAAUAAGUUACUGCGUCUCCAGCAAGACCGUUACCGGGCACAAACCUUGUUGUUGUUCAUCUUGAUUAUCUGAACUCGGACGAACGGUUAUACACAGGGUGAACAUGACAUUAUUUUGUCAUCAACUUUUCAUCCUCCUAUGGAUUGUUGGCACAGUGUUGUCUUUUUCUUUAGGGGGGGAGUCCAACACCCAGACUCCUGGCACACACGGCAGUCCUGGGCCCACAGAUGCAUCCAUGACCCCAGGAGAUAGAUCCACCACCCUCUUAUCAACAACGACCCCAGUCUCGCCUGAACUCAGCUCCGCCACCACAGACCGAGCCACCACCACCCAAGACCCCUCAACUGUCCACCCUAGCACUGAUGGUACCUCACCCACAACAGCAGCUGUCUCUAAAACUAAAGAGGUCUCUACUUCAACAGACCUGACCUCAACUUCUGAUACGACAGAGACUACAGGAGCAGUCGGCACCACUGCGACAGAAACAAGAACUAUCCCGUCGGUCAGCACAGCAGAGAUGACUUCCUCCCACAAGACCUCAGCGUACACUGUCACGUCCCCUGAGUCGACGGAAAAAGACAGUCAAUCUACAGACAGUGGCAUGACAACACCCACCACCACACCUGCCCUUAGCAGAGGGGUCUCUCCGUCUGCCACGGAACAUGCCGGAGCCUUCUCCUCUGUCACCACGGAGACAGGCCGUACCUCAAACACAACUCCAGACAUUGUCCCAACCAGCAGUACCAAAGAGCCAGGCACACAUGAAACAACAGCUAUCAAUACAGCUACCACAAAUACAGGUACCAAAGACAGUAAGACCACAGGUACAGGGAUCACAAAGUCCACCAUCCCACCAACUGGUCAGACCUCUCUGUCUUCAACACGCCCCUCCUCCACUACAAAGGGCCCUGAGACCUCUCUCCCAGUAACAGAGGGUGGUACCCUGUCUUCAACACGCCCCUCCUCCAUUACAAAGGGCCCUGAGACCUCUCUCUCAGUAACAGAGGGUGGUACCCUGUCUUCAACACGCCCCUCCUCCACUACAAAGGGCCCUGAGAUCUCUCUCCCAGUAACAGAGGGUGGUACCCUGUCUUCAACACGCCCCUCCUCCACUACAAAGGGCCCUGAGAUCUCUCUCCCAGUAACAGAGGGUGGUACCCUGUCUUCAACACGCCCCUCCUCCACUACAAAGGGCCCUGAGACCUCUCUCCCAGUAACAGAGGGUGGUACCCUGUCUUCAACACGCUCCUCCUCCACUACAAAGGGCCCUGAGACCUCUCUCCCAGUAACAGAGGGUGGUACCCUGUCUUCAACACGCCCCUCCUCCACUACAAAGGGCCCUGAGAUCUCUCUCCCAGUAUCACAUAGUACCUCGCCCUCUACCUCGACAACCACCAAUACAGAGGGCUCCCAGGUCCCCACUACAAAGGGCCCUGAGACCUCUCUCCCGGUGACCGAUGGCGCCACGUCCUCAACCCCCACAGCUACCAUUACAGGGAGCCCUCAUACAGACAAAACCACUGGAACACAGGGGACUACCGAUUCUACAACCACAGCUGACACUCCAGCCUUGCCCCCCACCUCCGGCUCUUCCUCCAGCCCACCCUCUCCAGGCUCAACCCAAACCCCAGGCAGCAGCACUGAGGCCCCCAUAGACACCUCCACCACCACCCCUGCCACCUCACCCACCAUCACACCUACAGGAGAAACCUCUGAACAACCAACUAUCAAAACUAGUGAGAGCCCACUUCCUCCUUUCCACACCUCCACCUCCCCUACCGGUGGAAUCACCACCCAGCCAGAGUCAGCCAUCACUGCUACCACAUCCCUGCCUCCACCCAUCUCCAUAGUGUGUCCCUCCACUCCCUGUCCAUAUGAUAGCAUCUGCCUCAAUGGCACCUGCCAGUGUGUGUCUGGGACCUUCCUCUUAGAGGGCCGCUGUGUACAAGCCCAAGUGUUCUCUGGAGACCUGCAUCUCAACCAGGCAUUUCAGGAUGAAAUGAGCAACCGGUCAUCAGUCAUAUUUCAGCAAACAGCAGCCAGGAUCUCAGAGGCACUGAGAAGAGCCUUGGAAAACGAGUCUGGAUAUAGCCAAACUGAUGUGGUGCUGCUUAGGCGAGGCAGUGUGAUCGCGACCGUGAACAACGUGUUUAAACUAGGCUCCAGUGCCACCCAGACUUCGACCAAUGGGGCUAUAGAGAAAGCCAUACAAGCCUGUGGCAUGACCUGUGGGACUAUACUGGAAAGAGCUGCAUUUACCGCCACUGACCUAUGUGAUCAGGCCCCCCAACCGUGUGAUGUCCGCUCUACCACGUGCGAGUACAAAGAAGAUGGAGUGACCAGAUGCUCCUGUAAGGCUGGCUACAUCAACAGCUUCUACUCAAACCAAAGCUGCACAGCCUGUCCCAGUGGUCAAAGGUCAGAGGGAGACACAUGUGUGCCAUGCCCGUUUGGCUACGCUGGAUUCAACUGCACUGACUCGGCUCUGUUGGCAGUGGUGGUCAUCGCCUGUGUACUGGGGGGAGUCCUUCUCAUCAUGCUGCUGGCCUUGUUUGCAUAUUGCUGCUGGUACCGGUCGCAGUCAGUGAAGAAGCCUUCAGCAGAGUUCAGCAGCCCGUACCCUGUGGAGGACUUCCAGGGCCCCUGGUCCACCACCCAGGGCAUCACCCCGAUCCCCCGGGCCAGCACCAACUGGGCGUCAGCCCCCAUGGAGAUGACCGAAGCGGGCAGCACACACCACCUGGUCGACAUGAAGCCCCACACCAACGGAGCGGGAUUCCACAUCCUGCCUAAACGGGGGAAGAAGACCGGGUCGUAUGACCUGACCUCAGACAGCAUGAACACGUUCAAGGGGAAGAACCAGUCUCGCUACUCCUACCUGGUGCAGGGCCACGAGAACCCUUACUUCAUACCUGCAGAUGACAGGAGACCCGUAUGAGAACCUCAGCGACGUCUGGAGGCAAGGGCCCGUAUCCACACAGCGUCUCAGAGCAGAAAUGCUGAUCUAGGAUAAUUUUUUUGCCUUCUUAAAUCAUAAUGACUAAAAAAGGGGAGACCUGAUCCUGGAUCAGCAAUACUACUCUUAGAUGCGUUGUUAAUAUUUGCUGUUGGGAGGAGAGAAGGACGGGUUAGAGAGAGGAGGGAAGGCUACAGGGAAGAUAUGGGGGGGUUUAGAGAGAGGAGG